GUCCCGGAUGAUUCUGACCAGAGUUCAGCGCAGCUGCAAUAGCAUCACGCGAGGCAGAGGUGAAUCGCAGGUUAGAGAGAGACGCAGCAGCGCAAGUGAGCGCACAUGGAGAGUUUGCAGCUGUAUUCUAGUUUCAGAGUUCAGAGUUACUUUAAAGACACUGACUUCGAGUUAUACUGGGUUACAGUGUGCGUAUAUGUGAAAAACCACACAUAUGUGUACCCACAAAGUCUUCAGUAAAUCAAACGUCAACCAACUACAUUGUGUUCUUCUCUUCAAUUAAGAAAUCAUGUCACUCUGCCCUGACAGACUGCCUACAGUGUUUCACACCCCCAUAAUUAAUACACCAACGAACCCCUUCAUUUCAAGUGGUCCUUCAAGCCGGAGGAGUGAAUCACUGUAGAGAGAGGACAUCGCGUUCUGAUCCUCACGUCCAGAUCCUCCUGUUGUCCGACCUAGACUACAAAUAAGGCCGCCUGCACAUCUAGCAGACUAUCAAGUUCAUGGAUCAAGCUUAGUGAAGAGCGUAUCAUCAGCUACACAUCUGAAUGAAUAUGGAAUCCAAGCCGCUGCAAUCACACCAGAGAAUGCAUCCCGAUUGUCUUCUCCACAGAGUCUGCCCUCAUACGAAGAUGAUUUAGUCCUCAGAGAUGUAUGGCCAGAGCCAUUUGAAGAUGUGUCGCCAGAGCAAGGUGAGCGCCACCUGUCUGAUAUAAAGUAUAUGUGGUUUGAGAUGAAGAGGGAGAACGAUGAGCUUUGCAGCUACAUUCUACCAGAGAUCAUGUCUACACUGUAAGGACUCAAGGCUGAGAAUGCUUCAUUGAGAAAGGAGAUUCAGCAGUUUAACACCAGCUUUGAGACUUCUCGUCGACCAGCAACACCAGUACCAGCCCCUCGUACUCACGUGCCACCAUCCGUCUGUAGUCAGAGAAGUUCUGCAGUGUAUGCUGAUGAAGUAUCUCCACCCCGACCUGCCCCGUGUGAGCAGCUGACCAGACACAUUGAAGACCUUACAAUUUCACCUAGGAAGCCUGAUCCUGAUGAGAGUCAUCACACACCAAUUCAGAGGUCAUAUACAUACUCAGCCCAGCCUGCAGGAGCAGGACAGUACGACUCAGUGAUGCCUGAUUCCGGACAGUCAUUUUCAGAGAGAGAGAGAAUUCAGUCUACCCUCACGUCCAAAGGUGACACCUAGAAAGGAGAUGCUGCACGUCCAAGAACAGAUAUAUCGAGGACCUAAGCCUACUAUCCCCAGCCUGACAGCAGCAGAUCCCAGACAUUUUUCCAGACUACGGAUGGCACCAGAAAACCUUCUGCCAGCAGAUGCGAGUGAGCGCUUCAAGUAUCAGAUUCUGUCCGAUCAUCUGGAGCUAGAAGAGUCCUUGCUAGUGGCUGACUCCUACUGUAACUCUGUGAGUCCAUAUACAGACAUGAUGCAAGCUCUGGUGAAGAUGCAUGGGCAGCCACACAGGCUUGUGUUGCGGAGUAUCGCUGAAGUACUGGAAGGACCCAAUCUGAAGCCAGGUGAUCUGAAAGCAUUCAAACUCUUCGCCCUUCGAGUGCGCUCACUAGUGAGUAUGUUGGAACAGUUGGGUCCAGAGGGAGUAGCUGAGUUAGAGUGCGGUUCACAUGUGUCCAGACUCCAAGGCUUCCACAUGAGCUACAGAUUAGCUUUAAGAGAUAUGUCCACCCAUUUAAGAUCACAGUUCCUACACUUCUAGACUUUGCAAACUGCUUAGAGUAUGAGCUUCAGGUCCAAGAUGAUACUGCCAAAUCAGUCAUGUAUGCUCCACCAUUACCUAGCAAGAAAAGAGAAGGUCGUCAUGACACCAAGCCUCCAGGCAGAUUUACUAGCAUCCUGCUGGGUGCUGAGAAGCCCACUGUUGACAGUGAAUGCAGAGCGCACACUCCAGAGUCCAGACCCAGCUUGUUCAGGUAUAGAGAGAAGUCACGUGCCUACUGUCCUUAUUGUGACAAUGCUAGUCACUUCCUUAAUGGAUGCCCCAACUUCAAGGAGCUGACUAAAGAACAGAAAGAGGCAUGGAUCCGUAAGAACAACAGGUGUUGGCGGUGUGGCCGCAUUCAUCAUGCUUCCAGAUGCACACUGAAGGCUCUGUGCAAGACCUGCAACAGGAAACACCUGUUUAUAUUGCAAGACCUGAAUGAACAACCUUUGAAUACCAAUGCUGAGACUGACCCCAAGGAGAACUCGUGUCUUGUGAGUACCACGAAAGGCAUCUUGUAUGCAGACCGUUCGGUCGGCAGCCGCAGAGUCCUCUUGAAAGUUAGUAAAGUCAUCAUCACAAAUGGGGAUGCAUCAUUGGAAACGUAUGCAGUGCUGGAUGACAGGUCAGAAAGGACUAUUCUCCUCCAUGCCGCAGCUCAGCAACUGAACCUUAAGGGGCAACCAGAAGAUCUGAUCCUGCACACAGUGAGACAAGAUCCGCAGGUGCUUCAUGGGGCGGCUGUCUCCUUCACGGUAUCAUCUGUGUCUUGUCCCCACAAGAAAUACCUCAUUCCGCAUGCAUUUACAGCUGAGAGAUUAGGCCUCACUGAACACACCUAUCCAGUGGCUUCCUUACAGAAGAAAUACAGACAUCUAGCUGGCCUUCCACUUCCGCAGAUGGAUAAAGUGAAGCCUGUGUUACUGAUCGGGUCAGAUUGUCCACAUCUCAUCACACCUGUUGAACCAGUCCAUUUAGGCCCACCAGGGGGUCCUGCAGCAGUCAGAACCCGCCUUGGAUGGACUCUUCAAGGUCCUACUCAUGAGGUUAGUCGUGAGAUCAACACACACCAGUGUUUCUUCACAUCCGUUCUCCCCAACACAGACUUGUUUGCUCAUGUCGAGCGACUGUGGCAGAUGGAUGUGAUUCCCUAUCGCAGUGACAAGAUAGCAACACGAUCCAAACUAGAUCAAGAAGCCAUCAGACUGCUACAGGAGAAGACUGUGCGAGUAGAAGUGGAAGGUACGAUGCGGUAAUGCCGCACCGCUCCUUCGUAUGCAGAGUAUGCCAUACUUGACUAUGCCAAAGGAAGCUGUUCUCCCUCAGCUUAGGAGUGUCGAGAGGAGACUGCUUAAGAAUCCAGAGCAGGCAUCUGCCUAUCAGGCCGAGAUCACCAAACUGAAGGAAGCAGGUUAUGUGGCCAAGCUGGAACCGAGAGAGGAGGAUAGUUCCACAGAAUCAUGGUACAUCCCGCACCAUAUGGUUCAGCACAAUAACAAGAACAGGGUCAUCUACAGCUGCUCCUUUCAGUUUGAAGGCCACAGCCUUAAUGAGUUCCUCCUUCCAGGACCCACACUAGGCCCUUCACUGCUAGCAGUCCUGCUCCGCUUUCGAGAACACUCGGUCGCCAUAAGCAGUGAUAUUCGCGGUAUGUUUCACCAGGUGAGGCUGCUCCCUGGUGACAUGCCAUUGCUCCGAUUCCUGUGGCGAGACGUGAACCCUGAGUGACCUCCAGUGGCAGGUGCUCCCAUUUGGCACCACGUGCAGUCCCUGCUGUGCCACUUAUGCUUUGCAGAGACACGUCAUGGAUCACAGUCAGCCGGGAGACCAAUUCAGAGAGGUAAUUCAGAGAUCAUUUUAAGCCGACAAUUGCCUGCACAGUCGUCAGUCCCCCCAAGAGGCUAGAGACCUAGUUGAUCAACUUCGAGCACUUUUAGCCACCGGAGGCUUCGAGCUUCGACAGAGGGCCAGCAAUUGUCCAUCUGUGAUUACUCACCUCCCCGCUGAAUCCAGAUCCAGUACCUGUGACCUCUGGCUCAGUCAAGGCCAACAAGAGUCUUGGACUUGGACUUGGACUGCAGUGGCAUUGCCAGUCCGAUACUCUACAUUACAAGCAUCGAUCCAGAUGCUCUUCUUCUGUAAGAAUGCGUCAGAUCUACCGAGUACUAGCGAGCCAAUAUGAUCCUCUUGGAUAUCUCAUCCCUUACACCACCCAGGCUAAGAUACUAGUACAGCGCCUGUGGGACAAUAAGCGCGACUGGGACGACCCACAGUUGCCUAAAGAACUGCUUGCAUCAUGGGACAAAUGGGAGAAGGAGUUGAGUGGACUAGAGGAAAUAUAUCUCUGCCCAGGUGCUAUUCUCAAUCACAGAAAGAUCACCC